GAAAAUCAAUUAAACUAAUAUAACUAAUUUAUUAUUUUAUUACAGUUCCUUGUCGAAGAAUACUCUUAAUGCUACUUAAAAAAAUGGAUAAACUGUUGUUGAUAAUGAAAAGUGGGCUACAACAAAAUAAUGAAAACAAUAAUCCACAAAAUAAUGAACAAAUAGCAAGAAGAAUAUUUGAUCAACUUCAAAUGUUACCGAUAAAUGAAGUUGAUCAAUUGCUUUUAUUCGAUCAGAAGUUAUUAAAUCCUCUCCACCAAAAGAUGAGAUCACAAUUUGAAGCAAAAAUGAGUGCUGUUGGAGGAGAUACUUUCGACAAAGCUAUCAAAAGAAUUUUGUCAGCAAUCAUGACUGAUGAAUUGGCAGGCAAAUGUACUUGGAUCAUUCGAAAACCUGGCAAAAUCAAGAUUUCAAAUUACAAUUUCCCUAACAUAAUAAGUGCUUACAUCACCAAAAAAUAUGCUACUACUGAUGUAGUAGUGAAAAAGCGGAUACAACUCUGGCUGCAAAAAUAUGGUGACCGCAUAAAGCUUAAACAGGAACAAGCUCGACGGGAUGAAGAACAGCGCCAAAGAGAGUAUGAAGAAGAACAACAAUUAUUAAAUCACCAAGGAUAAUUAAGUUAACCAAAAAAA